GAUGAGUGUUAAUGAGAAUUGCUAAGAUUUUAAUACUAUGGAUGAAUAACAUAAAUAAUAAAUGAUGCAAUUAGAAACUAUGGGUAUGAUGUGUAAAUAUUAAAUGAUUUUCACAAAAAUGGAUGCAGCAUUAUUGAAAAUAGCAUCAAUACUUAAAUAAAAGUAAAUAAUAGAUUAUAAUUUCAGAUAAAAUAACGACAAGUCAUAUGCUUUAUUUCAAAUUAAGGAUAGGUCAGUAGGUCAAAAGCAAUUACUUAUGGUAAAUGCACUAUCAAUAGCUUAAAGAAUGAAGUUAAAAUUAAAUGGAUUAUUUAAUUUUUGUGAAAAACAUUCUUAAGAGAAUUAAUUUGUAGGUAUUUGCAUUUAUUUGUAUUUCUAAGCAUUUCAUAAGAUUUUAAUUCUAUCAAAGGCUAAAAAUUAAGAACAAAGACUUAAGGAAGAAAACGAAAAAUAGAAAAAAGAAUUUUUAUUCAAAUUGAAUUAAAAGGAUGAAGAUAUUGAUAGGUAAAGAAAAAAGAAUGAAGAAUUAGAAGGAAUUUUAUAUUAAUAAAAAUAAAGAGAAAGUGAUUGCACAAUCAAAUUAUAAUAAAAAAUGAAAUUGAUUUAGAGAUAUGAAAGUGAUCUUUUAGAACUUAAACGAUAACCUUCUUCUACUAAGAAUUCAAAUUAAGAAAAUAGAGUAAUUCUAUUAUUUAUUAAUUUAAGUUGAAAGAAUUAGAAAAUAAUAAUGCCAUUCUAAGUUUAUAAAUAUAAUAAAAUUCUUAAUCUUUAAUAAAUUUUGUAAAGGAGAUGAAUGAAUUAUUGGACAGUCAUUCUUUUAUUUUGAAUGAAAAGAACAUUAGCAGCUUUCGUGCAAAAUAUAAAUGA